AUGCUGGUGCCAUUCGACUCUGCACCGUUCACAACUGUCGGCACUGUGGUGAUCACCGAUCCUGAUAACGGUUCAAAUGGUACCGUAGUCUACCGUAGCCAGCAAUCUCAUCCGCUGUUCGUCGUCAAAAGCAAUGGCGAUGUACAGCUCCGUCGUGCUCUGGCCGACUCCGAUCCCACCGAUGUUCGCCUGUCGAUCAUCGCUUCCGAUCAGGGCGUGCCACGAAAGUCUACAGUGUGCCAUGUGCAGAUAAAGAUCGGUCGCGGCUCGUCCACAGUAAAAAUCAUCGAGCCGUUCGAGCGGAAUAUUCGCAUGCCAAACGGUUGCCUGACGUCAGGCUGUACUCUUCGACAAUUCAAUGCAACUGGGGUGUCCAAAUGGCAAAUUCAAAGCAAC